CUGAUAACCGUAUUCUAGUUUCAACGGUCAUUUGACAAGUUUGAUGUCAGAUGGACAAAUCUUAAAACAAAAUGGCGUUUGGAGGUUCAUCAAUUUACAAGGGAUCUGACCUGAUUCAUGACUACAGUUGUUCCAAGUGUGAGGAAAAUGACUUUAACACUGAAGCCCAGCACUUCUGUCCAGAGUGUGACCAUUAUCUGUGUGACAAGUGUGUGAGGAUACAUGGGGAGUACUUCAAGAAACAUGUUGUGUAUGGGCGUGGAGACAUCCAGAAGUGGGAGAGGUUCUCCAUGGACAGAUGUGACCAACAUGGUAACAAGCUGGAGGUCCACUGUGAUGACCAUCAGGAACUGUGCUGCCAUGUCUGUGUGGCCGUUAACCACAGGCUAUGUAGCAGUAUAAGUCACUUGCUGGAACUGGCCAGAGGCUUUCUAAAAACAGAAGAAUUCAAGCAGCUGCCAGCAGCAGUGGACAAGAUGAGGAGCAGAUUUGAUGAGCUAAAAAAUGCCAAGUUGGAAGACAAAGCCUUUCUGAUGGACUCAUACAAGAACAUCUUGGCUGAAAUCAAAGCUCUCUGUAAAGAGUUAAACCAGAUCUUAGACAAGCUUGAGAAAAAAACAGUUGAACAGUUACAUAGCAUGAUGAAGCAUUUAGAGAGGAGUUUGAAAGAUGACAUUGAAAUUUGUGCUCAUAUGAAUGAGUUACUGAAAACCAUGAUGGACAAGUUCAGGCAGAUAACUUGAAAAAACAAGGAGACCAGUUGUUACGUUGGACAUAGGAAAUGUCAGACAAAACUGACUGAAGCCCAGAAUCUAGUGCACGAAAUACAAGGAAAGCCAGAAGAAGCCUUACAUUUUAAGCCUGAUGACACCAUAAUGCCAUUUCUCAGGAACAUGCAAGUGUUUGGAGCCACUGAAAGAGUGAUUUCCAUAGCGAAGAGGUUAGAUAUUGAUUAUGGGUUCAAAGGUCAAGGGUCAAAGAGAUACAGUGUUAGAAUAAAGAAAGAUAAGGAAAAAUGCAAUAUCGUAGGUAUAUGUGAGCUGCCCAGUGGAGACCUUGUUAUUGCU